AUGCCGCCACGGCCCUUCCCGUAUCCUUUGCGCGUCGGCGUUGACAUCUGUAGUGUUUCACGUGUUCGCGCGAUCAUUUCACGGCCUUACAAUGGCUCAAGAAGAUCGCCUUUGCAACGAUUCUUGAGCAGGAUCCUCACACGUCCUGAAUGUCGUUAUUUCUGGGAACGAUUUGGGACUGCCGAUGACGUCUCUGAAAAGUUCGAUGCUGUUUCCCAAUUUCUGGCAGGCCGAUUUGCCGCCAAAGAGGCUUGCCGCAAAGCAUGCGAUCACCUGGACACAAACAGCAGGGGUCUGCAUCAUAUUGUGAUACUCCCCGUCGUCCUACCAGCUCACAAUAGCAAGAACUCCUCCCCGCCUCAAGGCUUGAUCCUGGACAGCCUUCUGCAGGACCAACAGAAGACUGAAGACUCCGACGGCGGUCGAGAUCCUGCGGAGAAUACUUUAUCAGAAUCCUGGGACUUGCAUCACAUUAACGGUCAGCUAUGCGAAAUCAGCAUUAGCCACGACGGAGGCUUUGCGACAGCUGUCGCGAUUGUUCCCUCGAUGAAGCCAGGCUCUGUAUUUAAGGAUUCCGACGUGUGCAUCAAACAGCAGGAGUCUACAUUGUUUGCAUCAAUAAGCAAUUUUGACACUGUUCCGGCAGCGGCUGAGUCAAUGAUCGACAGAUUGCUCACCAAAAGGUCCGAAGAUCUUCAACGCCGCAGCGCGAUUCUUGACAAAAUUAUGCAGCUCCAAAUUGAGGAGCAAGGGAUUUCCCAACGCGAACAGACAAUUCUUGGUACUAGCACGCCAGAAGAGAGACGACGAUUGGAAAAGAUGCUCGGUGUCAUAGACAAGCUUUAA